AUGAUUCUCAAUGUUCAGGGCCGAGUGCUUUAUGACAUCAUCCUUUAUGCUGUCCCUACACAAAGGGAAGGAGAAGAUCACUUCUACUUAGAGUGUGACACAAAUGUUAGUGCAGACAUUGUCAAGUUUUUAAAAAGAUACAAAAUCAGGAAAAAGGUGAUAAUUACUGAUCUGGAGGGAGAAUUUAGAACUUGGGCAUCACUUUCUUCACCUCAACAAAUUCAAAACUCUCUGUCAGAAAAAGAAACCAGGAAAAUCACACUAUGUGAACAAGACCCAAGAGUACCAUCAUUUGGUUCCAGAUUAAUUUUACCUCAUGAUACAUCUUUUCUCUCUGGUAAUGAAAGAGAUUAUCAUCUAAAACGUUACCAGUUAGGUAUUGGUGAAGGGAUAGAAGACCUUCCCCCAGGAAACUGUUACCCACUAGAAUGUAAUCUGCAUUUUAAACAUGGAGUCAGUUUUCAAAAGGGUUGUUAUAUUGGACAAGAAUUGACUGCUCGCACUCAUCACAGAGGAGUUGUACGCAAACGAUUAAUGCCAAUCUUUUUUGAAAGUAUACCUGAAGGACUGAAUAGUGGUGAAAUAAUAACUGACACUGAAGAUAAAACAUUUUCAGUAUUAAUUGCUAACGCAUAUUUCCUCCCUUUUCUUCCUGAUUUGUAG